GGAAACUAGUCGAGUAGCACACUCUGGGAUGGAUACAAGACAAGCAGGGUUCUACUGCGAGAAGCCCUUCUUCCUCGCUCGUAAUUCCGUUAGCCCACCGAUACUGCUUCAGCAGAUGAUCUUCACCUGGAUUGAGGGCACUUUUGGCAACGACAACGAGGACCGGAGGAACGAGUACCUGAACGAGAUAAAUGAGGUCGAUCCGGAUGCUGUACUACCUAUUGGGAAAGAGCUCACAUUAGGAACCAAGCAGAAUGAGAAACCUGCAGUCGACAAGACCGAUUACUUUGAAGAUGGUGUUGCCAAGGCCGGUUCCUUGAGGCUGCUUGUGCGGUGCUGA